AGCGGGUGCGGGUAGCCUACCCCCAACCCUUGGGCGGGUAGGCCCUUGGUGCCGAAGGGGAGGGGGGGAUCGCACUGCCGGCGGCGUAGCCGUGGCAUGACGAGGACAUGAUUCCGCACAGCACACAGAUCCAAUCCCCUUGGAGCUGCUGCACAAGAGAAGCACACACACAGUUUCUCCUCAACACCGACAAACACCGCUUCGCACUCUUCAUCCCUCUGCCCUCUGCUCUUAUUUCCCUCGCAAUCCAACUGCGCUCGACUUUAGUCCAGACAUCAGAUUCUCUUCCCCCCUUUUCUACCUACAAUCCCACGACAGUCUUUACCUCGAUUCCUUAUUUACCCACACCCACACCCAUUCAUAGACAGGCUGUGCAACCUCUUUCUUACUCGUCUCGUCCAAGCUACUACUUCUACCCAUCAAGAUGCUGUCCAUCAACAAGGUGGCAAUUGGCGCGUCCAUCGCCCUCUUUGCAUCCAGCGUUGCAGCACAUGCUGGUCACGGCGGCCCCAAGCCGGGCGGUUCCAAGACCAUGAACGUUCACAAGCGCGCUUCCAACACUGCCAGCAACUACCAAGCUGAAGCAUCCAUCACGAGCACCGCAGAAGAAUGCACUGCUUACUACAUUGAAGAGGUCAAUGCCCUCGCCAGCGCAUACCCCACGAUCUGGACAAUCGCUAGCAUCCCCACUGCCGACACCUACGCCUCAUCCGUCUUCAAUGCCAUGUCCUCUGGCAUCCCCAACAUUGCACCUCGUGGUACAUCCAACGGUGACUUCAGCGGUGUGACAUACGACACAUCGACUGACCCUGACUGUUGGUGGACACAAACCGGCUGCACAAAACCCAAGGCGGCGGGUAUCCCAGACGACGUCAUCACUUGCCCAGAGGCAAAGACGUGGGGAUUGAGCUUCGACGAUGGACCCAACUGCACCCACAAUGCUUUCUACGACUUUUUGCAGACCAACAACCAGAAGGCCACCAUGUGCUACAUUGGCUCCAAUGUCAUGGACUGGCCUCUGCAAGCUCAGCGUGGUAUUGCCGACGGUCACCACAUCAUUGGACACACAUGGUCGCACAUGUACAUGACCUCGCUCACCAACGAAGAGGUAUUUGCUGAGCUGUACUACUCGUCCAAGGCGAUCAAGGACAUCAUGGGCAUCAGCGUCGAGGCUUGGAGGCCUCCUUACGGUGACGUCGACGACCGUGUGCGAUACAUUGCCACUCAGCUCGGUCUCAAGACUAUCCUCUGGGACAACGACACCGACGACUGGGAGGUUGAGCCCGCAGGAGACUUGACUCAAGCUCAGGUUGAGGCCAACUACCAGGACAUCCUCGGAAACGUUUCCUCCUCGCACGGUACCAUUGUGCUGACCCAUGAGAUCAACGAGUACACCAUGGAGCUGUUCAUGACCGAGUACUCCAAGAUUCAGGGUGUCUACAGCCACAUUGUACCCCUCACUGCUUGCAUGAACUGGACCGAUCCUUACCAGGAGGGAGACAUCACCUACCCCAACUUUGAGGAUUACGUCGCUGGUACCACCAUGCCUUCGGGAUCCCCUACCACCUUUACCAUCUCCAGUGCCUCUUACUCCCCCUACCAGGGUGGAGGCUCUUCUGUCGUGGCCGCCGAAGGUCUUGCUACCGGUGCUGCCAGCAGUGCUUCUUCCUCCGGCUCCAAGGCCAAGUCUUCCUCUGGCUCCUCUGGCUCCGCCGCAUCCGCCUCGUCGGGCUCUUCCGAUGCCAGCUCCACUUCGAAGUCGAGCGCCUCGGGACUCACCAAGCCCCUUGCUGGUAUCGCCGCCGCCGUCUUCGGAGGUGUCGCCUUUGUCAUCUUUGCUUAAAAACGCCAAAGUGGCAAAUCUUGCGAGCUCUCGACGUCCCGACGAACAGAAUCGUCGUCGCGACAGACAACGGCGCUUCUGCUGGUCAGGGGGCGUCUCCGCUCGUUGUGCAUAGUUUUCCCGCUUUCCACGUUCCCCCAUGAACAUCAUUUCUUCUUUACUCUGCACCGAAAUUCUUUCGCUGCUCGAAAAAAAAGCCUCUUUUCUCCAUUCAUAUACAUGUAUCUACAUCCUGUUAGCGC